GCCCCUUUCGCUUCGUCGAAUUCAAAGCUCUCAACUUUGACAUCAAUGGCGGGUGGAUCGAUCCCAAGCACGCCGCUUCUCAAGGAUGAGCUGGAUAUCGUCAUCCCGACCAUCCGAAACCUUGACUUCCUCGAGAUGUGGAGGGCGUUCUUCCAGCCGUACCACCUCAUCAUCGUUCAGGAUGGAGAUCCGUCGAGGACCAUCAAGGUUCCUGAGGGUUUCGACUACGAGCUCUACAACCGCAACGAUAUCAAUCGGAUCUUGGGGCCUAAAGCGUCCUGUAUCUCGUUCAAGGACUCUGCUUGCCGGUGCUUUGGGUUUAUGAUUUCUAAGAAGAAAAUAUUUUUCACCAUUGAUGACGAUUGCUUCGUAGCAAAGGAUCCGUCUGGCAAGGAGAUCAAUGCACUUGAGCAGCACAUAAAGAACCUGCUCACCCCUUCGACCCCAUUUUUCUUCAACACUCUGUAUGAUCCUUACCGAGACGGUGCUGAUUUUGUCAGAGGCUAUCCUUUCAGCUUCCGUGAAGGCGCUCCUACUGCUGUCUCUCAUGGUCUGUGGCUGAACAUCCCUGACUAUGAUGCUCCCACCCAGCUUGUUAAGCCUCUCGAAAGAAACACGAGGUAUGUGGAUGCAGUUCUUACAAUACCGAAAGGAACAUUGUUCCCAAUGUGCGGAAUGAAUCUGGGUUUUAACCGUGAACUGAUUGGCCCUGCAAUGUACUUUGGCCUUAUGGGUGAUGGCCAGCCUAUCGGACGCUACGAUGAUAUGUGGGCAGGAUGGUGCACAAAGGUUAUCUGCGACCACUUCGGAUUGGGAGUGAAGACCGGCUUGCCUUACAUUUGGCACAGCAAAGCAAGCAACCCAUUUGUGAACCUCAAGAAGGAAUACAAUGGCAUUUACUGGCAAGAAGAGAUCAUCCCCUUCUUCCAAAAUGUGGUUAUCCCGAAAGAGUGCACCACUGUCCAGAAAUGUUACCUCGAGCUCGCCAAACAAGUUAAGUCAAAGCUCACCAAGGUAGACCCCUACUUCGACAAGCUAGCCGAUGCUAUGGUUACUUGGAUUGACGCCUGGGAUGAGCUUAAUCCUUCUGCUGCUCUAACAAUCAAUGGCUCUGAUAAGAAGUAGAAUAUCCGUCAUCAAUUAUCUUGUUACCGAUCUCAGCGGUUUUUCCUAGUUUGAGUUGAUUUCAGUCACCAUUUUUCUUUUUCUGGGCGUUUGAAUGAUUAUGACCUUAUUGUACUCUGAGAUACUAUUUGGUAUUAUUUAGAAUAACAAUAAUAUUUCUUAUGCAGAA